AUCAGCGCCUUCGUCGUUGUUAUUAUUGCUAUCGCUGUUGUGAGUACUGGUACUGGUGCCUCAUAUUAAUGCCAUUGUAAUUGUUACUUUUUGCCGUCGUUGUCGACGUCUUCAUCCAUCUCCGUUUGUGUAGCUGUCCCCGAUUUCGUCGUUGUCGUUGUUGUCGUCGUCGUCGUCGUCGCCUCGGCCCGUCCGUGUCCAUUGCUAUCGUCGUCUGUCUCGGCGGUGUCUGUUUUACGAAUUGCUCCAUAGCUAACGCGCCAGCAGCACAGCCGUUGGAGACUCCUCAGUUGCUUUUCGGCGUCUGAAUUGAGUGCGUGUGCCACACUCGUCGGCAGCAACGUGUGACCACGUCUAUCUGCAUAUUCAAAAAAUAAAAAAUGAUUAUGUAUAAGCCUUUACAUACAUACAUACAUACGCCGACCUAUUGGUAGUACCGUGUCAACCGUGUCAGAACGGCAUUGUAGUGUCGAUUGUGUCCAUAACAUUUUUCUUUUUUUUUUUUGCAAUUGGAAAGUUUAUGCACUUCAAUUUCCUUCAAACAAUAUAAUUGCCGCUAAUUGAAGUGGAAGCGGAAAUGUUAUCUCAAUCUGGUCAAAAUACCUAUCAAACCACAAAUUAACUGUGAUUCUCGCCAAAGUUGUAACGAGCAAAUAAUUUUCAGUAAAUAAUAAGAAAGUAUAAGCAUCCAUAUCUCCAGCCUGUGUACAUUUUGUGUAUAUCAAUCGCACGAAGUAUUUACUUAUAAGCACAUAUUUACGUGCAACUGCGAAACGCACAACGGCAACAAUCAAAUAAACAAACUAUUAAACGCGAGUAUUCAAAAACAUAUGGCAAAUCAUUAGAAAACAAAAAGCUCAAAGGUAGCAGUCCAACCACCGGCCACUGUGUCACUGUGCAGCGCACUAAAUGCACGCGGGCGUGGUUGCUGCUGCCUUCCUGCCGGCCGCCACCACAAAUAAGCAGAAGCAGUGAAAUUCCAGCAUUUAUUUAUUAGUUGGUAAAAAAAAAAAAAUUCCCCAUCUAGUACAAGAAAAUACGCGCAGUGAAAUUCCACGCCAAAAUCAGUGUUUGCGGUUUUUACCGCUCGCGUUACGCGCCGAUAGCUAAUCGUAGUAGCACGUACCGUGUCAGUGCUGCUGUGCAGUAAAAUAUUGCCAAUUUAUUUGCCACUAACAACGACGUUCACAUAAUUUGCCACAGCAACAAAAGAACAUACAAACGAAAACCCGUGAUCUCGUGCUUUAUAGCUUCUUUCUGUGCUCUGUCUGCUGGCGUUUGUCGAGGUAUGCGACUUUAAUUGUUUAUAUGCAUUGUUGUCAACGGCAGCUGCGACAAGAGCCCGCACCGCCCACGCCGACAUCACACGAUCAGCAGCAAUAAAUAUCAACAUCAACAUCAUCAGCAACAACAAAAACAACAAAGUCUAUGGCAGACAUCAUCUUAAUCAUCAUAAAAUAAUAUCAACGUCUUUUUUGUUUUUUUUUGUUGGUCGGUCGGUCGGUCAAUCGUUGAAUACAUCAUAAAUGCGUCUGCCGAUCAUGUUUUUCUUCAUCUACACCAAAAAACCAAUUGCAGCUCGACGCUCGGCCAUUCGCGUAAAUUAACACUGAACGCUGCUCGUUUCUCGCAAAUUAGCAAGAGCCCCCAAAUAGCACCGCUCUAGCCGCCACUGCAGUUUUUUCCGGCAACAGGCAACAGAAAUUUUCUGCUUGCAGUAGAGCGGUUGUGCGAGACGUGCGGGAGAUUACGUCAAGCAACAUUUGUUGCUUUGUUGAUUUGUUUAUUACUCGGCCACUUAUACGAACGUCGAGUACAUAUAUCAUUCUUUGGCGCAUCAUCGUACCGACAACUGAGUCGCUAAAAUCACAAGCGCAGUCAUUGUUGUAUUCGCAUAUGAUUAAAGUCUCAGAGUAGACGAACUUUUGAACGUUAAAAGAGAAUAUUUAUUUAUUAAAUAAAUUAUAUAAAUUGUAAAUACUGUGAGAGAUGCAUACACGUACACAUACGUAGAAAGGCAGAGAGAGAGAGAGAGGCAACGACGCGUGCAAGACCAACGCUCUGCCGUGUCGACGACGCUUAGUCGGCAAUUGCCGUAAUUUAAUGACAUUUAUUUUAUUAAUGAAUUAACAUAUACAUACAUAGCAAACAAAAAAAAAACAACAAAAGAACAACAAAACACAAAAACACCAUCGUUUAGCCAUAAGAAAAAGUGUACUUCAACGUGCUAAAGGAAGCUCACUCCCGCGAGUGCAGACACUUUAUAGCAUAAAUCAGCAUUUCCUCUGUGUCUCUGCACGGCUUGAAAACUUCUACGCUAGCAGCCUUCCCCACUAAGCUCAACGACCACCAUUCACUUCAUUAUUGUUAUUAAUAUUAUUAUUAUACAAAUACAACGACGCUCACGCCUUCUUACUUAUGCGACAUUGUACUCCGGCUACGCCAACAGCAUUACAAAUGAGCAGAAGAGCAGCAGCAGCAUUAAAAUGCACACCCACAAAUUGAAUUGAAACACGUCUAGCUCACUUCCUGCCCCCGUCAAGCCUUCAAACGUGCUUAAAGUAGAUCGUAUUCGAGUAGAGAAUAGAGCAUAGAGAGUAGUCCAAUAGACGGGCGUUAAGCCCCUAACUAACGACGAAUAAUAUUAGUGCAACAUUUGUUUGUUUCGCAUUUGCGGAGUAGGCGGCGCAGGGGUUAACGUUGUGCAACGGAUACGCAGCGAUGGAAGCCUCAACGCCGGAUAACUACAAAGUUCCAUCAACGAGUAAAAUAUCAGUGGAUAAAUUGUUGCGUGUUGGCUACUAUGAGCUGGAGAAAACAAUCGGCAAGGGAAAUUUCGCAGUGGUGAAGUUGGCAUCGAACAUUGUCACCAAAUCGAAGGUGGCGAUUAAAAUUAUCGAUAAGACAUGCCUCAAUCGCGAAUACUUAACCAAAACAUUCCGCGAGAUUUCCAUUUUGAAGUCUUUGCGCCAUCCGCACAUUACCCGCCUCUAUGAGGUGAUGCAGUCCGAGACGAUGAUCUAUCUCGUUACCGAGUACGCGUCCAAUGGCGAGAUAUUCGAUCAUCUGGCAGAGAAUGGCCCGAUGAAGGAGCUCGAAGCGGCGCGCGUUUUCACACAACUGGUCUCGGCAGUGCAGUAUUGCCAUUCGAUGGGCGUGGUGCAUCGUGAUCUCAAGGCGGAGAAUGUUUUGCUCGAUAAGGAUAUGAAUAUUAAGCUCGCCGAUUUCGGCUUCAGCAACCGCUACGAAGAGGGCAAUCCGCUGACCACAUGGUGCGGUUCACCACCAUACGCCGCACCUGAAGUCUUUCAGGGACUAGAAUACGAUGGACCCAAGGCAGAUAUUUGGAGUCUGGGCGUUGUGCUGUAUGCGCUGGUGUGUGGCGCACUACCCUUCAAUGGCGACACGCUGCUGGAGCUGAAAGGACGCGUGGUCACUGGAAAAUUCCGCAUCCCAUAUUUCAUGUCAAGAGAUUGUGAGCACCUGUUACGCAAUAUGCUGGUCGUUGAGCCAGAUCGGCGGUAUACAUUGAAACAAAUCAUAAAACAUCGCUGGCUAAGCGAUUGGGCAGCGGAACUUGAUGAUGGUAAUGGCAGUGGUGGCUGUAGGAGCAGCGCGGCCGCCUAUACACAACAUUCCGACGGCAGUCCACUUGCACGGAGCGACAGCAGUAGCAGCUGUAACGCGCAAACGCCGGUGACUGUUGCCAACCUAGAUACUGAGAUAAUGAAGAAUAUGCUGCAAUUGCCAGGCUUGACCGCCGAUAUGAUUGCCGAGUCUGUGCACAAUCAUCGCUUCGAUAAUAUAUAUGCCAUAUACAAUUUGCUUGCCGAUAAGCUCCAACAAAAGCGACGAGAGCAUCAUAGAAUGCAGCAUCAAGUUGCCUAUUCAAGAUUACGCAAAACCAGCAUAACUACUGGCGUGGUUGACCGCUCUGAGCCGAUCAAGCAGGAGUCCAUCGAUCGCUUGAGUCCGCUCACCAACACCAAUGCUCUACAAAGUGGGCUAGGCUUUCAAUGGACAGAUGUUUCGGUGGAUUUGGAGAAAUUUGGCGAUUUCGAAUUGGAAUGCCUGGCGCGGCCUAAUGAGCCACAAAACCAAAAUCAAAAUCACCUGUGUGCCAAUGCCGGAGGAAACGGCACGAAUACACGGCGUCACACCGUCGGACCUGGCGAUGUGGCACACGAACAGGCGCUUGCCAAUCCCAAUGUGCCGCCAAUCAAUUUCAAAUGCACGCCUGAGAAUAAAGACGAAACUGGUCCCUAUUUGCCAAUGAACCUGCCAAUGCUACAGAAUCAGCCGUUGCACAAUUUGACCAUAAAGGAUCAGCAUCUAUUGAAACCGCCAAUGGUGAUGGGUGCAAGUUCAUUCGGACGUCGGGCAUCAGAUGGUGGUGCCAAUCUGCACAUCUACUAUCCUUCCUCGGUGAAUAAUAUGCAACAAGUUGCUGGUCAAGCUCAACAAAUGGAAUCGAACGCAUAUUAUAUGAAUCCGAAUGCUGCAAGUGGCACGCCUACGGAUCGAAUUCUCGGUCAAAGUAUGGGUGAGCAAGCACAGCUGCAGCAGAUGGGUGCAGGCGAUGCGGUGAGCGAAGAGAACAGCGAGGAGAUUCAGAAAUACAUUCAAAUCCGUGGCAAGCGACAUACUGUCAGCUGCACCGAAGACCUAUCCAUACAACAUCAUUCCGGCGAAACUUGUCCUGUAUGUGGUGUAUAUGAACCGCCAAUGGUACCGCAAAUGCCCACCAUCAUGUCGCAACAGUCGGGUGCUGCUGGCACUACGGGUGGGGGCGGUAUGCGUACACGACGUACGGGUCUGCUGACCGUAACGGAACGACCGCCAGUGAUAAGUCCCGAGCUUAUACGCGAGGUGGAGUCGCGUAUGAAUCGAAAUUAUUUGCCACCCGCUUUGAAAAUGCAGCAGCAUCAGCCACAUCCUCAUCAGCACAGCGCACCAAAUCCUACACCCAGUCAAUCCCCUCCCACAGGCGCCUUUACGCCUUACCAUUCGUCACCCAGUUCAAAUAUUUUGCCAACGCAGGCGUUAGGCAGUGCAGGCAUGGCGGCGCAAGGCCCUCCUAGCGCCACUGGAAAUAGUAGGCGUGUACAUUUCAAGUCCACCAACAAGCUGCCAACCGUGCAAGAAGUUGGUCGCUUCAGCCCAGUGCGUCGCGCUUCAGAGGGCUCCAAAGCACAAUUCCAAGGACCGCUACAGGAGUGUCAGUAUCUACAAAAAGUAUCAGCACAACGUAAUUUUUUGGUUGCACCAACGCCCCCGCUUUCAGAAAACUCAAUUAGUUUGCCUGGUUCACCCAUACAUGGCAAACCCGCUCCACACAUGAUAUUCCGACGUGGCCAAGAUAUUGAGGUGCCACCUGAAGCUGUGCGUGCUUUGAUGCCCCAUCUCGAUCGCCUCGUCAAGGAGCACCGACUGAACAGCGAUAUAGCCAAUAAAAUCAUAUCCACUGGCAUGGUGCCAUUAGACUUAGCCUCCCAUCUGGGAUUGACAGCACACUCCGGCAGUGUUGCUGUGAGUGGCGGACAUCUAGAUAUGGCAUCGUCUCCCAUACAACAACAGACACUAUACAGUUUAAGUGUGUCGCCACUGUCCUUGCCAAAUAGCGUCAACACAAAUGUUAUAGGCGCCAUUAGUGGACCACUAACGGCACCACCACAACCUGCAUAUAGCCACAAUAUGGGUGCGCAUUCGAAGCAAAUGUUAGGUCAAGGUCCCUACCAGUUACAGCACUUGGGUCCAAUGCAUCCGCAAAUGUCUCAUCCCAGUAAUGGUCUGGUGGGGCAAUUCAGUCACAUAACCCUAAGUCAGGGCGUGGUUACAUGUACAAGUGGUGGUGGGCAAUUCAGCGGUUCGAAUAGCAGCAGUGGUUGUCAGUCACCCAUCUAUAGUAGUUUCAGCGGCUCAUCUUCACCAAAUCCCUAUAUGCCAGGUGCGGGUCCAUUCGGUGCGGGCACAGGGGGAGGUGGUGGUGGCGGUGGAGGUGGCUCGUCACCACUGCAUCAAAUUACCAAAGGUAUUUCGGUGUUAUCCACUGGUGGGGGAGGUUCCAUAACGCGUGGCACUUCAGCUGCCAGUGAAAUCGCCUCAACCGCAGCCGCCGCUGCUGCUGCAGCCAACCAGCCGCUUGAUCUUUCCAUGGAUGUGUGUACUUCAGACAGCUCAGCUGCAGAGACGCCAACAAAUGCAUUUGCUCAACAACAUGUCAACUGGAUGUUGCCGCAAGUAUCUUGCUUCGAUCUCAAGCCGUUAAAUUUGUCGCCAGCUCAGCCAGUACGCGUUGUACCGACACCGCCCGCCUCGCCUAACCUCUGCAUAAUACAAGAGGAGAAUGCAAGCGGGCAAAUGUAUCACACCAUCACCACAGGAACGCCGCAUGCAGGCUGCACCGGAGGUCUGGUCAACGAAGAUAUGGCUUCGCCGUGUCAGCCUUCGCAUCCGCAAAUAUGCCUGACGGAUGUGCAGGGCAGCGAGAUCACGCUUGUGGCGCUGAGUUCGGAAAAUAGCCGCGACAGUGAUUGCGAUUCGCUAGAGCCGCACACCUCGCUGAUGUCGUUGCAGGGACUUAUAAUCACCGAACCUUCCAGCGAUAUGCCUUCGAUUACACGCGGCACUGGCCGCAAAACGAGCUUAGAAUGCACCGUCGAAAGCCACACAACCCGUUUGGAAAGUGACGCCGGCAACUCCAACACUUCUCAAAAUACCAGCGAUUCGAAUCGACGAGGCAGUGACAAAUCACUGGGCUUCUCCGACGAUUCACUCAGUAACGAUUCGAACAAUCUCUCGCCCUGUCAAGAGCCAUCCGCCAGCUCGGGCUUCAAAUCAGAAUCACAUUCCGAGAUCGGCGAUCAUACAGAGGGGCAUUUAUCGCCCGAUUCUAUCUGUGAUUCGCGACGUAUGUCAGAGGAGAUGUACUACGAAGUGCCGCUGCCGCAUGAAUGUUCCAACCUCGACUCGACACGCAUACUAGAGUUAGUCAAACAAACCAUUGAUCAAACAAUGCCACCAAAAGGUGCUGUUCUGCAUAAAGGACUGCCGGAAGAGUAUUGCGGCAGCGCCGGUGCCGUUAAAGUGGCGAGUAUGAGUGGUGAAGCGCGUCUAAGCAACGCUUCAAACGCUGCCAGCGAAUCAUCAGCCACAUCAAUGGACACCAGCAGCAGCACGUCGGGCUAUUGUUGGGGUGGCACUAGCACAAGUACAAAUCUAAGUUUAGAAUACUCGGGUGGCUUGCAAAUCGAAUUGCAAGUUUGCGAAGGCCGCAGUCGUGACAAUCAAACUGCCGGCAAGGGCAUCAAACUGCGACGCAUCUCGGGCGAUCAAUUCGAAUAUGGUAAAUUGUGUCAACAAUUAAUUAACAAAUUGACAAUGCAACAAGUAGUCGGUUAAGAGCGCGAGCGCGAGUGACUCUACUUAUAAUCAGAGAGAGCGCGAUUGUGCAUAAGCCACAGCCACUUUCAGGCAUUAGUGGUAGCACACGGCGUAUGAGUAACGCGAGUAAAUGUGGGCGGGUAAAAGACAUUGAUAACAAAAAAACUUUGCACGAUCAACACUAAGGGAAUUAAGAAAGUAGAUUAAUGCUGAAAUGCUAAAAUGCUUAGAAAAACAAAACAAACAAAAACAUAUAUUAAUAGUAAUAAUAUCGUGCAUACGCGUACGAAAAGCGUUGAAUAUUGUAGAUUUCCCAUGUGUAUGGGCGAGUGUUUGCUAUAAUAUUUUUUUCGAGUACGUAACGCAUACGUAUACAUACACAUGUAGUAAGAAAAUUCUUAAUUGGUCUUAAUGUACAUACACAUGUAAGUCAUUUUAUUAUAAAUGUAACAAAUGCCGCAACUUCGCAGACUUCUAUUAGAUAGCGCGCUUAUUUGGCUUUUGAAGGGGAAACGAAGCAUCAGACAACAAUUAGACAUUACUUACAUGUAUGCACGUGAACCUGCGUGCAUAAACCUGUACGUACAUAUAGUAUGUAUGUGUACCAACUGUACAUAAUGUAGAUAAUACUAAGGAUAAAUAAGUGAAGCUAAAAGCUCGCGAAAGCAUGCAAAUUAUUACGCAAAUAACCCGGAUAUAUUUUAAAUUUAAGUAUGUAUGUAAAUGAGCGAGGAGUACGUUUAAGUAUAUAUGUAAUAUGAAGAGCAGCAAGUAAGCGGUAGAAAACAACAACAAUGUACAUGCAGGCAUAAAUAUUCGCUUCGAAGAAAAGAGAAAAGAGUUUAAUGUAGUUCGUGAAUGCGCAUCGCUUCGUAAAUGUUUGCUUAGCAUAUUUGUUUGUGAGUGUGUACGCCUGACGCCUGUCUGAGUUAAAGUUAGCUAGUUAAAUGACAUUUUUAAUAUUCAUACACGAUAUGUACAUAUGUAUGUAGAAGUAUAUUCAUAUUUUUACUAAGCAAAUUUUAAUUAUUGCAUGUACAUAAACUUAUACAUAAAUAUUUGUAAGCAAUCUACAGAUGUAUGUAUAGAUAUUUUAGUAGCUAAUCGUUACCUCCUUAACGAUUUCGUCUUAUGCAUAGUUACACAUACAUACAAACUGCUUACAUAUACAUUUAGGUACUAAAUAAUAAACUGAAACGAUAGAGAAAAAAUAGAAAAUAUGGAAAUAUAGAGAGUGAUUCCAUACCGACCGCCCAAAUAGUAAAGGCCAUAAAUGUGCCAAGCAUCUAUGCUUGAAUGAUUUCAAAAUUGCAUAAAAUUAGAAGAAUAAUUCUCCAAUGUACCAGGCCGAUCGGGGAGCUAUGUAGGCGAAGUUAAGCGCGAGGUUAUGAGGUAAUAGUAAAAGUGGUAGCUUGAAACCGACUGCGUAUUGUGAUUGCAAAGAAAGAAAAAGAGAAAGAAAGAAUCUCAUAUUCGAUUCUUGUUCACUGCGCGCGCGAGCAUAGGGCCUCGACAAAUCUCUUCAAUCGUACACGGUGCUGGGCUGUUGUUUUUGCGCCGUCCCAUUUGGCGACCGCCGUAGCCGAACGGGUUGGUGCGCGACUACCAUUCGGAGUUCAGAGAGAACGUCGAUUCGAAUCUCGCUGAAACACCAAAAUGAAGAAAAACGUUUUUCUAAUAGCGGUCGCCCCUCGGCAGGCAAUGGUAAACCUCCGAGUGUAUUUCUGCCAUAAAAAAGCUCCUCAUAAAAAAUAUGUGCCGUUAGGAGUCGGCUAGAAACUGUAGAUCCCUCUGAUGAGCUGGGCCAAACACCCAAAAAAGGAUGGAAUUAUUAUAAAUAUAUAAAUAUUUGAUGUCGGCAUCUGUAGCUCGCGCACGUCGACCAUCUCUAAGUAAUCUUUAGGCGACCUCUGCUCCCUUGCAGGUUCCAGUGCCAUGAAUUUAUCUGGUGGCUUUCUAAGUGUGUGACCUAUCGAACGCCACUUUCUGCCUUUGAUUUGUCAUAGGAUGGACCAUCUCAAUUCGAUGAUCUCCACAACGCCUCGUUGCUGUUGGUGUUCGGCCCGAAAUAUUGUACAGAUGAUGCGGAGCCAUUUGUUGUCGAAAGAUGAUAGCCUCUGAUAGUGAUAGUGUUAGAGACCAGUCAUGUUUCUCUUCCGUACGAAAAUACAGCGAACUCGCCCAUACUUUAUGAAUUUGCCCGAACGCCGCGCUUGCUUUGUUUAGCCUGUAGUUGACAUCUUCAUCUGCUCCGCCGUCUGUCUUGAUAGUGCAGCCGAGAUAGCAGAAGCUGACGACAAAUUCCACCGAGCACCUGUGAAGCAUUAUAUGCCUUGCUUUGUUGUGGUUGACUCUCAUAGCCUUUGUCGUGGCGAUGUUGACCUCCAGUCCGGUAGUGCGUGCCAGCGUGACUAAUCUGUCCAUCAGAGAGUUUGUGAACGAGGAGGCAGAUGUCAUCAACGAAAUCCAGAUCCUUAAGAUGUGUGUACUCCAUACGAUGCCUCUUUUGUGUAGGGUCAGUUAGCUCAUGACGUCGUCUAGGACGAUGGCGAAGAGAAAAAGCGGCAGGGGACAAUCUUGCCUUACGUCUGCCUUGGUGGUGAAUGGGUAGCUGAUGUUGCCAUUGUGAAGCACUGCCAGUUCGGCGUUCUCAUAAAGAGCUCUGACGAGGCGGAUUAUCUUAGCGGCAACUCCCUUUCUACUCAACGCCAGCCAUAUUGAGUCUCUUUUGAUUGUAUUCUUUUGAUUUUGUCGAAUGCCUUCUUGAAGUCGACGAACAGCAUGUAAAGCGGAGAGCGGCACUCAACUAAUUGUUCUACUAUGUUGCGAAAACACUCUUCGGCUUUGUCAACACAGUUUCAGUGAGAGCGUAAUCUAGCUCGUUCGCCCCUUAAGUAGCGUUCGAUACACUGGAGUCUGCCUUGUAUGAUCGUGACUAGAAUUUCGUAGUUAGCGUUGAGCAGGGUUGCUUCACGAUGAUGCCUUUUGUCCACGACGGAGGCGGAUUUUUAUUGUUCGAGACGGCGGUGAUUUGGAAAUGCAGAAUUUCCGCUGAAAUUUGCGGGUCGGCGAUCAUUAGUUCUGGUUGUAUGCCAUCUUCGCCCGCGACUGUGUUGAGCUUUAGCUUCUUGAUUGCAUUCUUGAUCUCCGCUAGACUAGGGCAAGUUGUUGUUAUUUUGCUGCUGGUUGUUGUAUCUGUCCGCAAUCAGAACCUUCAUCUGAAUUUGCCUGAAGUGGUUCCACGAAUUCAAUUGACCCGAUGUUCUCAUCAUCGACAGCGCCAUAUAGAAGAGGGCUCACUUAUCCAACCAUCCUAGCUGUUCGCGAUCACUCGCAUUCGUAAAAACCUUCGUGCAGUUAUCGUGUUGGCCACAUCGUCUCCAUCGUGCCCGAAACAUCAUCAUCUCAUCGGAUAGCUCAACCGAUGAGUUUGUUAUUAUCAAAUCAAGCACGCACAUACAUUAAGAAUAAGGAGUAAUAAUAUAAAAAAAAAUCGUCUUCAAAAAGCGAAUUGGUGCAGCUGUACCCAGGAUGUCACAGAAGGGUUAAAUUUGAGGGCCUUUUUUUAGAAAAUAAAAAUGAAAAUGAAUACGCAAUCGUAGUUGCAAGGAAAACUACUCAUCACAAAAUCGGCACCACUCUUUUUGCAUGUCUGUGCAUGUAUUUCAGGAGAAGCGCAAGGGGGGAGAGAGAAUGCAUCUGCUUGUGCAGAAAUAAUUUUUAAAUGCUUCACUAAUUUUUUCUCCCAUAUUGGCACAGAAACCGCCUAGACAAUUUCUAUACUCGGUUUUCCUCUUCCGUUCGUUCGUCUUCCAUUUUCAUAUGAAUCAAUCCAUAGUGAAAAAUUAAAUCGCCAUGUCGCUAUAAAACUCAUCCAACUCCGUGUUCGUCUGCGAUAUUCGAUAGCGCUAACGGGGAAAACUCCCCUACAGUUUAAUUUUACAGAAAUUGUCCAAAAACCGUUUCAUCGGAUGGUGUUAUUGUUCAAGGCUCUCCAAUGCAACGUCUCUGUAUGACUUAAAAAGUGUGGAUUUUGUUAAUCGAGAGAGAAACUAUAGCGUGAAUGACAGGAGAAACUGCGUAUUGCGCUCUUUCACUUUCACGCCGAUUCGCUUCACUUCUGCAUUCAGUUUGAAAAAGUCAGAAGCAAAAAAAUUAAGAUCGGCUUUAGACCGUCCCAUUAUUUACUGCAAUUAAGGCGUUGUGAUUUGAACAGCCUGUAGCCAAAUUCAUAACAAAUCAAAAUAACUCACCUUUCGAAUUUUCUGCACAAAAAAUAAAGGCUUUUAAAGCAAGUUUCGUAUUUUAACUCGAGCUUUACAGUUAUCAAAACACAAUAAGUCGAGUAAACCUUCAAAUACAAUAGAAAUUAAAAAAGAGAGAAAAGAUUAGAAUACAUCCAAAUAGCGGAUCUACGAUACGAUAAUUCGGUAUGGGGCCACUGCUCUCUUUGUAUUAUAUAUAUAUAUAUGUACAUAUGUGAAUUUUAUUCAACUUUCGUGGCGAUAAUGUAGUUUACAAUAAAAGCAAAAAAUAAAAAAGAUUUAGCAGUUUUUCAAAACUAAAAAGUUCUUAUUCAUGUAUGUACAUACAUUUAAGCUAUGAAUUUACAAUCCUCGAAACGCAAUCGAAAAUUUAUAUUAUAAAAACAAAAUUUCCUCAAAAAUACACAUCCGUAUAGAAGCGUAAAACUAACAAAGAUAUAAAUGUGUUCUUCGCCUAAAUUCAGCACCUCAAAUACAGUUCGCACGCAAUUAAAAUUUUGAAAUCUCUGCAAAGUAACAAAAAAAAUUAUACCUGUACGGUUAAGUAAAGCUAUUGAGAAUGCACAAAACCUUUUUAAGGUCGAAUUAUAUAGCAACUACGUACAAUGUAAUAUCUAUUUUUUUUUUAUGUGCUAAAAAGUAGUUUACAUACAUACAUACAUACAUAAAUGCAUACAUACCCACAUUUUUUUUAAUUCUUAAUUAAAAUGCUUGGUUUGACGAUUUUUCAGUAAAAUUUAAAAGAUCUCUUCAACUAUUGUACAAUUCACGGACUGUGUGGCAUCUCGUUAUACAGAAUGUCUUCUCUCUUCUUAAUUGGCGCGAUAACCGCUUACGCGAUUUUGGCCGAGUUUAACAAAGCGCGCCAGUCGUUUCUUUCUCGUGCUAACCGGCGUCAAUUGGACACACCAAGUGAAGCCAAGUCCUUCUCGACCUGAUCUUUCCAACGGAGAGGAGGCCUUCCUCUUCCUCUACUACCACCAGGAGCUGGUACCGCAUCGAAUACUUUCAGAGCCGGAGCGUUUGUGUCCAUUCGGACGACAUGGCCCAGCCAACGUAGCCGCUGGAUCUUUAUUCGCUGCGCUAUGUCUAUGUCGUCGUAAAGCUCAUCGUUCCAUCGCCUGCGAUAUUCGCCGUUGCCAACUUGCAAAGGUCCGAAAAUCUUGCGCAGAAUCUUUCUCUCAAACACGCCAAGCGUCGCUUCAUCGGAUGUUGUCAUCGUCCACGCUUCUGCGCCAUACGUUAGGACGGGCAUGAUGAGAGCCUUGUAGAGUGUUAGUUUUGUUCGUCGAGAGAGGACUUUACUACUCAAUUG